AUGAACAACAAUAUAGAAAAUGAAGAUGGUAGUGAAUUAGAUAAAUUUGAUGAUAGUGAAUUAGAGAAAGAGAUUGCUCAAUCAUACAGUAUUUCAACAAGUAGAUUAAAAAUAGCAGAAAUCAUUGAAAAGAUUAAAUCAGUAGUUAAAAGGAUAAGAGAAAAUGAAGAACAAAAACAAAAUGUUAAUUCAUUUAAUAAAAUUAUUAAAUUAACAAUUACAGAUAAUAUUGAACCUACUGAAAUAUUAUUUUGGAAAUUAUUUAGAAAUAAAACAAUUUAUAAAAAGAUAUUCUCAUUUAUGGAUUGA